AUGCGUGUGCGAUAUAGUGACAUCGAUACAGAGAACAAGAAACUGCCACCGGUGUAUGGCUAUCUCAGUUCACCACUGGUGCCAUUGGAAGUCUCACUUGAGAAAAUCAUACCACUCAUCGAUAAUCUACAACGCUAUAUUAAAACCGCUAAAACACACUGUCAUUCGUCGAACCAUCUAACAAAAGAGGAAUCAGCUGCCUUGUAUUUGUACACGAUGGAGUGGGGUGAUGAAAGCUUCUAUCGCGUAUUGAACAAAGCGUUACGAGAUGAAAAUCGUGCAGCAUUAAAACCAUGGUUUCCAUACUUAAAACUGCUUGAUACUGCUCUUAACAAACUACCGUCUCAGAAGCUAUCAUUAUGGCGUGGUGUCGAUGGUAACGUGAGUAAAAACUUUGAACAAGGACAACUACUGUCAUGGUGGUCAGUUAAUUCGUGUUCUUCCUCGGUCAACAUCAUCAAGAACUUUCUAGGCACUGAUAGUACAUUGUUCAUGAUCGAAGCAGUGAACGGAAAAAGCAUUUCAUUAUACGCUUGCUAUACGACCGAGAAUGAAUUUAUCCUGAUGCCCGGAACGAAACUAGAGGUCAUGAGUAGUGCGCUUGAUUACUCUGGUGGUUUACACAUCGUGCAUCUGCGUGAAAUUGAAGGUGAUGACGAAUCAAUGAGUGUUCCAGUAUCGCCCCUCAAGUUGAGUCAGACUACAAGUUGCGGUUUAUCGUCAAUAGUGAUGAAGAAGAAAGGGAUAUUACCCGAUGGUGGUAGCUAUGAAGGUGAUACUGUGAACGAUAUACCAAAUGGCAGAGGUGUAUGUGUAUGGCCGACCGGUACACAUUAUACUGGGGAAUGGAAAGAUGGCAAAAAGCACCAUCGAGGAACUUAUACAUAUACGAAUGGAGACAGGUAUGCCGGCGAGUACAAAGGUGGCAAGAUUCACGGUCGCGGAAUUUGUACAUAUGCGAAUGGGGACAGGUAUGACGGCGAGUGGCAAGAUGACAAAAAGCAUCGUCGAGGAAUUUAUACAUAUGCGAAUGGGAACAGGUAUGAUGGAGAGUGGCAAGAUGGGAAAAAAUGUGGCCGUGGAAUUUACACAUAUCCGAAUGGGGACAGGUAUGAGGGCGAGUAUAAAGAUGGCAAAAGACACGGUCAAGGAAUUGAGACAUGUGCAAAUGGGAACAGAUAUGAUGUGAAGUAUAACAAAGGUGAACUAAUUUCAGAGAAGCGUCUGUCUGCUUAA